ACCUUUUGUGACGCAGAUAAAAACAAGUAUAUAUUCCAAUUGUCAAGUCAUUCAAGACGGUUAAAAUAUAGUGUUGAUAUUGCAAAAAUAUAAACCCGAAUAUACUCUUUUCACUUUGGAAACGAGUAUAAUAAAAUAUCAGACAUAACGCGAAUGGAGAGUGCGAACGUGAAGUGAAACAUUUGUUCGAAUUACGAGUAAAAAAUACACAUACACACACACACAUCCAUACCCACAUGCAUACAUACACACAUAUACCAUAUACCAUAUCAUUAACUUUUGGUCUUCUUUUUUAACUGUACAACUACAACUUUUACCAGACGAGCAGCUGCUGCUCAGUUCUGCUAUGUGAAUUUAAAUAAUUGAAACCUUAAUGUAAUUCCUUGGGAAAUCGGCCAAAGUUGAUUAUAUGUCUGUCUGGCUGUUCGUCUGUGGACUGCGGCCCAGUGCUCUACAUGGAAAUUAUAUAGCACAUUUUCUCAGACAACUUAUUUCGUAAUCGUGCACAAGGUGCAAAUUGUGGCGCCCGUUGUUUACUUUUAUUUGACUUAUGCUACAGAUCGAGGGCUUUCAGGUGGAAAUAGAUGUAGUCAAAGUUGAUCUCGGGGAUCGAAGAACUCAAAUAAAUGAAAUAUAGCUAGCUGGAAAUUGACAUUUGCGACUGUCUGGGUUAAUCAACGAUGGUUGUUUUUUUUCUUUUGCAAAUCAAUGGAUGCUUAAAUGACUUCCUGGUCAAGUCGAGAGAUGUCGAUGUUGCUGUCUAAGCAAAAAUGUCGAAAGAGCCACCAAAACGUGCAAAUCGAGGAAAGUGCCGAAGAAAUUUCAAAUGCAAGUACAGACAACUAAAAAUGUUAGCGACAUUUUAGUGUUUCGAUUUUUUCAGCUUUAUUUUUGUUUUUUUUUUUUUAUAUUUAUUUAUCUAUUUUUUAUUUUUAUAUUUGCUUUAUGGUGGGAAACAAGAGGCGAUGCCAGCAAUUGGAGUUGGAGUUGUGCGCUGGCCGCAGGUCGUCCGCCAAAAACAAGUCGACGCUGAAGAUGAAGGUACAAGCUUUAACAACAACAACUCUUAUGUGAGUGUGCGUGUGUGUGUGUGUGUGUGUGUGCUGUGAUGAUCAUUAGCGUCCAAUGACUUGGCUGUCGUUAGCGAUCAUGAAGUAGACGAAGUUGCCGAUAAUGAUGUUGGCCCGACGAAGUCGAUGAAACUGACUCGGCGCAACGGCUUGGGCGAGGAGGCGGAGUGCAGACCGCAUGAUGAAGACACACGGCGGCCGUUGUGUGGAGUAUAAAGAGGGCCUGCGUGGCAUUUGGAAUGCAUUCAGUCGCUGGCUCCCCACUCGAAAGCAACUAAAUUUGCCUUAUAAUUUAAUUUUACUUCUCUCCCCCACACAUACACCACAAAACUCAUUGCUAUGAACUCCUUCUCAGUGUUCUUAGUGUUUGCUCUGGCUGCUCUGGCCGCUGCUGAGCCCCCAUCGGGCUACAAUUAUCCCCGCGGUGGUGGCGGUGGUGGCGGCGGUGGCGGUGGAUUUGGCGGCGGCUUUGGCGGCGGAUCCUCGUUCGGUGGUGGCGGUGGAUUCCAAGCCGUCAGCGGUGGCUUCCAGACAUCGGAGGGACAAAAUGUUGAUCCCCAGCUGCUGGAGCAGGUGCGUCAGAUUCUGCUGAAUGAGGAGAGCAAACAGGGCGGUGGUGGCGGCGGCGGCGGCGGUGGCGGUGGUGGUGGCUACCCAAGCGGACCAUCCUCUAGCUAUGGUCCACCCUCGACCAGCUAUGGUGCGCCCAGCAAUGGAGGCGGUCGCGUUGUUGGCAUCGAUCUUGAGGGCGUGCGUCAGGCCAUCCAGGUGGCUCAGUUUGCGCAACAGAGCUCGCAGGCUAGCACCGGCGGUGGCUAUCCCAGUGCUCCAUCUGGCUCGUAUGGUGCUCCCUCAAGGCCCAGCGGCAGCUAUGGUGCGCCCUUCUAAGCCAAGUGACUC